AUGCUCCUCGCGAGCCGCAUAGGGACGCAGACACAGUCGCUGCCGCCGCCCAGCCUCCCUCAACUGGUCGCUGAGCAACACGUUCCCAUCCCCAGUAAUGAUCAUGAUAGCCAACGUCUCAUCGUUGUCCUGUCCAACGCCAGCCUCGAGACGUACAAGGCGUCGCAUGGCGGGCGCAACGGCAUGAAGGACGACAAGUACUCGCUGCUCAACAGCGACGAGCACAUUGGCAUCAUGCGAAAGAUGAACCGCGACAUCAGCGACGCCCGGCCUGACAUUACCCAUCAAUGUCUUCUCACCCUCCUCGACUCCCCCAUCAACAAAGCCGGUCUGCUGCAAAUCUACAUCCACACCGCCAAAGGCGUGCUCAUCGAAGUCUCCCCGACGGUGCGCAUCCCGCGCACCUUCAAGCGCUUCGCCGGCCUGAUGGUGCAGCUGCUGCACAAGCUCAGCAUCCGCUCCACCACGUCGCAGGAGAAGCUGCUCAAGGUGAUCAAGAACCCCAUCACCGAGCACCUGCCGCCCAACUGCCGCAAGGUGACGCUCUCCUUUGACGCGCCGGUGGUGCGCGUUAAGGACUACAUCGCCGACCUCGGGCCCAAGGAGAGCAUUUGCGUGUUCGUGGGCGCCAUGGCCAAAGGCGCCGACACGUUUGCCGACCAGUUCAAGGACGACAGCAUCAGCAUCAGCAACUACAGCCUGAGUGCCAGCGUCGCCUGCAGCAAGUUCUGCCACGCGGCCGAGGACGUUUGGGAUAUCAUCUAG